GAGCCGGCCUAGAGGAAAAAAUCAGCCGAGAGCAGAGGAGGGAGCGAUGGUGGACGCCGAGGCGCCCUUGCUGCGGCCCGCCGAGGACGACGGCGACGAGGCGGCGCCGCUGGCCGGAGUCUCCGACUUCCGAGGCCGCCCGGUCAGCCGCGCCGGCUCCGGCGGCUGGCGCUCCGCCCUCUUCGUCGUCGUGUUGGAGAUCGCCGGCAACUUCGCCUUCUUCGGCGUGUCGUCGAACCUGAUCACGUACCUGACGGGGCCGCUGGGCCACUCCAACGCCGCCGCGGCCGCCGCCGUCAACGCCUGGUCCGGCACGGCCUGCCUCAUGCCGCUGCUGGGCGCCUUCGUCGCCGACUCCUGGCUCGGCCGCUACCGCUCCAUCAUCCUCGCCUGCACCCUCUACGUCCUGGGAUACGGCAUGGUCACUCUAGCUUCCACUCUACUGGAGCAAAGCUUUGCGGCUGGCGACAUCCAUAUCUCUUCCGGCCCUUCGUCGCUACAGGUGGCCUUCUUCUAUGCCUCGCUCUACCUAAUCGCCCUGGCGCAGGGCGCCGACAAGCCGUGCGCCUUGGCUUUCGCAGCCGACCAAUUUGAUCCCGAGCACCCCAAAGAGCGUGCAUCCCGUAGCUCCCUCUUUAACUGGUGGUUCUUCUCGAUGGCCGUUGGCAUCUCCAUCUCUGUCGCCGUCGUCAGCUACAUCCAGGAGAAUGUUGGUUGGGGGAUCGGCUUCGGCAUGCUUUGCAUCAUCAUGAUUUGUACGUUCGUCGUAUUCCUCUCUGGCACCCCCACCUAUCGCUUCUGCGCUCCCACCACCAAUGUUGAGAGUCCUUUCGUCCGCCUUGGUCGUAGCCUUGGCACACUCAUCAAGAGCUCAAGCUUCCCCUUCAGUACAAAUCGACACCAAGAUGAGGAUGUUGUGGCCAAGUCCGAGGAGGCGCGCAGCAUGCUCCGUCUGUUGCCGAUUUGGGCGGCAUGCCUGGCGUAUGGUGUUGCAUAUGCGCAAAUCAUGACCCUAUUCAACAAGCAGGGCCGCACCUUGGAUCGCCGCUUCUUCGGAGGCCUUGAGCUACCGCCGGCCGCACUUCAAACACUUGGGCCAGCGAGCAUCCUGUUGUUUGUCCCCAUCUACGACCGUUUGUUGGUGCCGGCACUAGGGCUCGUGACAGGCAAGCCAUCGGGGUUGACGCUUUUGCAGCGCAUGGGCGCAGGCAUGACGGUGUCAAUGGGCGCGAUCAUCGCAGCAGCGCUCGUGGAGGGCCAACGACUAGAGACGGCACGGGAGCACGGGCUGGUGGACGAUGCCGGGGCGACGGUGCCGAUGAGCUGGGUGUGGCUGGUGCCGCAGUAUGUGAUGAUGGGGGUGGCAGACGUGCUGGCGGUGGUGGGCAUGCAGGAGUUUUUCUACGACCAGAUGCCCCGUGAGCUACGCAGCCUCGGCCUAGCGCUCUACUUCAGCGUCAUGGGGAUCGGCGGCUUCAUCAGCAGCGCCCUCAUCUCCUUCAUCGACCGUGUUACUAGAAGUGGCGGCGGUGAUGGUUGGUUUGCUGACAACCUCAACCGUGCCCACCUCGACUACUUCUACUGGCUGCUCGCCGGACUCUCAGCCGCUGAGCUCGUGCUUUUCCUUUGGCUCGCCAGCUCCUACACAUAUAACAAGAGCCACAAGAGGAUUCAGCACUGAGUGAUCACCGGGACCAUUCGAGGUUGCGUAAAAAAAUGGUCCACAAUGUUAAGUAGGUAUAGGAAACAAGAAUCUUUUAGUAUUAUAAACAGAUUGCAUUUGUAAUUGCCAAUGUAUAAAAAAAAGUGAGCCGAAUGGGAAUUAAUGGCUCGCUUGAGUGUCCA